AAGGGUCGCUCUCUCGACCUCGGCAUAGGGCUUUCUUGGGCCCCAACAAGAGUUCGCGAAGACGUGCUACUACCUGGAGGAAGAUUUGCAAAUGGAAGGGGUUUGAAUGGGAGGAUUAGUGAGAGUACCAGCUCGCGCAAUGGGCUUCGGGUUGAUAGAGCCAGAGCCGUCGAUGAAUUUGGUGUGGAGGAACGAUCGAAAGUGGGCAGAGACGUUGCGGAAAUGUUCAAGAAGGCAUUGGAUCCCGAAGGAUACCGUGCUUUUAAGAAAUAUGUCCACCAGUUUGAUGCCCAUGAAAUCGCUUUCGAUGGUCCGAAUGGAAUCAUCGCGCGCGCGCAAAGGCUGUUAGAUAAACGAAGUAACCUGGGGGAGGAAAGCAAGAAGAAGUUGGUUGACGGACUGGUUAAAAUUGUGCUUCAAAAUGCAUGA